AUGCAGAGCUAUCGAAUAGUUCUCCUUGGAGGAAGCGGCGUCGGGAAGACUGCCCUCGUCGGCCGGUUGUGUUACGACGCGUACAGCGAGAUGUAUAUGCCCACCAUACAGGAUCUACACAAACAUCAGAUCUGUAUCGACGACGGAAUUGUCCAGUUAGACGUGGUUGAUACGAGUGGCGUGGAUAGGAUCUCAGACAUCACUGACGAACAGAUCAAGACCGCACAUGGCUUUAUUCUGGUCUUUGAUUUAACCGUCAGUAGCACGUUCAACGACGUGGUUAAUAUUAGAGACCGUAUUGUUGCUCUGAGAGACUCGGAUAAGAGUACCCCAAUUGUCGUGGUGGCUGCCAAAAGAGACCUGGAUGACGAACGCACAGUUCCCCGCGGUCUCGUCAAUCACUACGCACUGCUAUGGGAGCAGGCCAUUCUAGAGACAUCUGCCAAGCGCAAUUGGGGCGUCCGCGACGUUUUCGUAGACCUCGCCAGGAGGAUGAAACGAUUCCAACGCGAACACGGGGUCGAGACGCGCAUUGGUGCAGGCCGCACCAAGUUACGAUCGCCCAGUCCCGUCAUGGAUGUAACUCUAGGUGAAAUGAAAAAUGAGGACUACGGCACGAGUUAUUCUACUAUGAGGUACGGAACGAUCGCGGCCACCGAAGCCUCCAACGACCUCACCAGACCCGCAUUUCACAGUAUAAAUGAGCCGAACGCACCUUCGGCCACGAGUGAACGCCACGCGAGCAGCGACAGCGCUCGCACCACGCUCGAUGUACGCGACGCGCCCGCCAAGCCUGUUGUACCUGACCAGCCCGACAACAUCCUGAACUCUCCCGUCGGGCACCCGCUCGACGAGCCCGCCCUCGACUCUGCUGAGCGCGAAUUAACCCGGAGCCCCACUCCCGCUGAGAAGGCGCGCGAGAACAAGCUGCGGGCGGACAACCUCUGCGAGAUCUCCAGCCCGCAGCUGGUCCGAUGUCGCCGCUGCAAUUCCUGGAUCAAGCUGUCCGCGAAGAGCGCGUUUGAUCCUGCGCACUGGAACAAACAUCGUGAGCGAUGUAUACGCAGGUCGGAGAUCGCUGUGGAGGAACUACGAGGGACAAACAGCCAGCAGGCACCGUUCCCGUCUGAUGUGAAGCCGUCCGAUGUGGUCAAGCGCAUGGUAGCCGCGCUGGGCACACCGCCGCUGACCCCGGAUCGCGAUGGCGACGAAACUUCGAGCGCGGGUGUUGUAAACCACCCGUCUAAAGAGGACUCGCCUCUCACCCAGUUCUCCGACUCUAGGCAAGCUAGCACCCUGCCGUCUCCAACACCCAUCCCUACUCCACUCCCCGCGAUCCGCGAUCCUGACCCAGCGUUCGAAGAGUACCUCGUCCGCUCCCAACGUCGACCGACACGCGACCUAGCCUCACCCCUGUUGAUGAACUGGCAGGAAUGGAACUGGUCGCAGUUGAAGAAACCAGUGUGGUGUCGUGAACAUGAUGACUGGGACCACGAGGAGGGCGACCGGCGUCGCCGCGUGCCGGUCUCGCACGAGCGGUGCGCCCUGUCACGCACGCCCUCUUCAUGA